AUGGUUAACAACAGUGGACUGAGCUCACAGCCCUGUAGAACACUGGCGUACAGUGUGAUGGUGCUGGAGAUGCUGUUACUAAUUCUGAAGGACUUGGGUAUUCCAGUCAAAAAAGUCAGGGAACCAAUUGCCAAAGGAGGUGGUCAAACUCACCAGGGCAUGUCUGCACCUAAAAGAGAUAUUUACAGUGACAGAAUCAAGCUGAAAGCUCCCAGGGGACGGUGCCAUGACAGAUCAUCAGCCCAUAAUUCAGGAUCUCUUCCUGCUUUACCUCUUCUGACAUCCCGCUCUCUAACAUUUAUGGGUGAACCUCCAAAUGAUCACACUUUAAAAAGGCUGCCUGACAUAUCUGUUGUUGAGCUUCCUCAGUUGGUAGCAACAGUGGGUUCAGAGGUGACAAUGGCAGACUCCGUAUGGACAGAGGGACCCUGUCUGAUAUCAUCAGCUCUCACUGCUGAUAUUCCUCUUAAAGUAAUGAAACACCCACAGACAUUAAAGACAGAGUAAGUCAUGGAAAAUGAACAUUAUCUCAUUGCUGACUCAAAACAAGGCUCCACAGAAAGAAAAGAGACUAAGACCAAGUGCAGGCCUUGUACUGGUAUUGAGGUGUUUGAGAUCUUUACACAAAAGAAACACCUGGGAGGCAUCCAGUUUCACCAUCUGAAGGUUUCUGAUGAGGGUCCAUAUAGACCCUAUGAUCUGCAUGUGGUCCCGUACAACAAAGCAGGUCCAGAUCAUUACAUCUUUUCACCCACCUCAGUGAUUCAUGUGAAGGAUGGCUGUAGUGUUGGGGUCUUGAAUCUAGCAGAGUGGUAUCGUGAAGCAGUACUAUGGAAAGCUCUGAGAGAUAUACCAUUUUUCAGAGACUAUCUACUAUAUAAAACUUUCACAAGAUGGCACAGAAAUGUGUGUCACGUCUCAUUUCAACGCAAGUGUAAACACCUUCAAUCUCAGUUACUUAUAGCUGUCCCCCAAUUCAGAGAAGGUUUAUUUCAUUUGACCAGACUCACAGAAAAGCUCAAAGAGGUGCACUGGCUACCACAAGAUGAGUCACAAACAUACACACUUACAGAAUUUCAGACCACACUGAUGAAAAGCAAUCAACAAUCUCAAAGCUUCCUAGAGAAAUUCUUACAUUACUGUUCUGUGAUUCUGACUACGGUACAGGAGACCUGCUAUAAAACAUACCAGGAAAUACACCAACAAGUGGAAGAGUUGAGUCAAAGCAACAAGCCUUUGCAUCUACAGCAUUCCUUGAACAGAAGCCUUCACAAAAAGCUGAACCAGACUGGUCAAGUCCUACACAGGCUGGGAAACUUUAAAGCUCUUAUGAACUGCAUGAUUGUACAAAACCUUGUUUCUGUCAUUCACAGUGGGCUCAUGAUCUAUCUUAAUAAGAUUUUGAAGAGGGAAGAGAAAAAUCAGUACAGUCUUUUCCAGACAGAGCUGACAUUUGGAGGAGAUGGUCAGCUUAUCCUGGUUCCAUCUAUGGACCUGUUUCAGGAUUUGCUGCUGAGAGCAUUGCAGUCUGUAGUUGGCUCUACUUUACAGGUUGUUGAUGCCAGCAAUAAUUCACCGGAUUCUGAAGAUUCUUUGACUGCUGGCUUCUCUUUUCCACAACCUACAACAAGCCCUGGCAUUACAAUUAACCCAAGUGUUCCUAUCAGGAGAGCAUGUAAACAGAGUGGAUCUGCACUCACAAGUACUGGCAGUUUUCCCAAUAAGGAGGAGUCUUAUGUUACGUCAAAGAUUGUGCUUCCCAAACUGAGCUUGUGUAGUCUUCAGGGUCAGAAACUGCAAAGACAGGUCUUUCAUCUGUCUACAAAAAAGCUUGAAUGGCACCUGCACCACCAUGCUGGUGCACAGGAAGUUGAAAAACAGCAAGGAAGACUUGUACAGGAAGCCCUCCAAGAGAUCCAACAACUGUGUGAAAGGCAUACCUGUUUGGUAGAUGCUUAUUUGUUUGCCAGUCAGAGGAACCCAGCUGCACUGGAAAACAUGAGAGGAUGGCCUGCUUCUAAAUAUAAGGAACACAUUCAGAUGAUACAGUACUGGAUCAAUAAAGUACACCAUGUUCCUGCUGCUUUUACCACAUCCAAUAAGCUCAUCACUAUUAACUGUUCACAUAUCCAAGAGAGGCUAGAGCCCUUACUGGACAUCAUGGAAAAGGAUGUUUUAAAUUUCCUUUCAGAGGACCUGUGGUUAUGUGGAAACUUUUUGACAAAUGAUCUGAAGAAAUUUAUGGAAUGCCAUAAACUUGCGCCAACCGACCUAAAUGAGUUUGCAAAUUAUGUUAGCAUGGUAAAAAAAUACAAGGAAAAUGAUAUGCAUCAAAAGCUAGAAAACCUGUCCUCCCUUCAAGAAACUAUUCAGCUGAAUUUUAGAAAAAUGACACCUGAGGAAGUUACAUUGAUUGAAGAGACAUUUGCCCUGUCGAAUCAGCUUGGUCCUCUGCUGAGGAUAGCAACAGAAAGAGUCAUGCAGCAAACGCCAUCCAUGAUUAACACUCUGGACAACACAUUUUCUUCCCUGACUAAACAACUAGAAAAUCUGGUCUCCAGUGCUACCACUGGCCCUUAUCUGGACCUAAGCCAGAAUUCUGCACAAAUAAUUCCUGAACUGAGGUUAAAAUAUAGACAGCUGCAUAUAAUAAGUGCACAACUGAAUGAGCUGAGUGAGACCAACCAAAGUCUGAGAGGCCAGCCAUUUGACCUCUCAUUUGUAAUGACAGCCAAGCAGAAUAUGGAAGCACGCAAAGAGCUCUGGGAACUAAAAGACAUAUCCACUGCAAAGAUUCAGGAAUGGAGCCUCAUUCUGUUUAGCCAGUUUGUAGUAUCCGAAGCCCAGGAUAAGUUAAAUGAAUGGCUUCAGAGAGCAAAUUCUGUAGCAAAAGUCAUCUCCCCUUCUGAUGAAAUGCUUCAAGACACUGUAUGUGUUUUUGAGAAGUUCAGCCAGCAGCUCUCACUAAUAGCCAAACUAAGCAGCCCUACAAUGAAGCACAAACACUGGGCAAACAUAUUUAAAGAAGUGGACCUGCUAGUUGACCAAGAACAGAACCUAACUGUAGGUGAUCUUAUGUCCAGAAAAUUGUUGGAGCAUCAACAUAAAAUUAGCAAGAUCUGCAGUGAAGCCAAAGCUGCAGCAGACAUGGAGCAAGCAUUCCAGAGGCUUCAGCAGAGCUGGGAAGGAACAGUAUUCAGACUUACAAAGUUCAUUCAUAACGUCUGUCAGAUGAACAAUCCACAGUAUGGAGCAACACAACAGCUAAAGCCUUCUGUAGACAUUGAGCUGACCCAAAAAGAUUCACAACAGAAUUCCUGUGGCAGAGAAACUUUUACCAUAAUGGAACUAGAAAUUCUGAUGGCCCAGGCUGAGGACAGUGUUAUGUCUCUGUCCAGCAUGCUUAUGUCUCCUCAUAUCUGUGAUUUGAAAAGGGAGGUAGAAAUGUGGCUCUGUCUCUUGCAGGAACUUGGGGAGCUUCUAGAUUUUUGUGAAAGAUAUCAACAAAAGUGGACAUUCCUUAGCAGAAUUUUUAAUGAAAUGUCUAUUAGUUCAAGAAACAUAGAGCUGAUAAAGAGGUUUUCCCCAGUGGACAAGAUGUUUCGUGAACUGAUCCAGGCUAUUUCAAGAGACCCACUUGUGCUGAACUUUGUUAGACUGAGGAAGACUGGAGAUACAGAUUGUGACUUUCAUGGGCAAUGUUUACGCAUUAUCCUCAUGAAAGGGCUCACAGAAAUGGAUGAAAUUUGCAGUCAAUUAUUGUAUCUUCUAGACUCAGCACGCCAUGAGUUCCCCAGACUGUGCUUUCUCAGUGAUAGUGAGAUGAUAGAACUUCUCUCGCUGCAUCCAACACCAACGUCCCUUUUACCAUUUGUGCGUAAAUGCUUCAGAGGGGUACAGUGGUUUGAGGUUGACCACAAUAGUAAAAAUGACAUGACAAACCAAAACAGUGAGCUAGAUCUACCUAGCACUCAGAUGUGGAUAAAUGGUGUAUAUGGAAUGCUAAAGGAACAUGUACCCUUUAACUGUCCUCUUAGAUUUAAAUUAAACCCUGUGGUUUGUCUUGAUAAUUUGGAGAAAGAAUUACAUCAAACAGUUAAACAGAAGAUUUUGAAAUACAUUGCUGCAAGACAGUGCCUUGACCUCGGAGAAAACAUUCCUGAACAGAAUAAAGAAGUUGAUGAUAAUAUCUCUACAUCAGACCAAGCUUUCCUUUUCAUCACAUCAGGAAAUAAAGAAGAAAAAACUCGAAAUGCAUAUACAUCAUCGUUUGUUAAGCUAAUAUCUGAAUAUCCUCUGCAGUGCAUUUUGGUUGGAGAAGAGGUUCAGUGGUAUAGUGACAUCUGUAAUAUUUCAGCUCAAAACAAGUGGAAAAGUAUUAAAGCACAAAAUACAGCAAAACUGCAGAGCCUUUGCAAAGCUGUACAAUAUAUGAUUGCAGAUUCCUAUAAUAGCACCUUGGCAAAACAGCACACAGUGACAGCCCUUCGUGCCAUAAUUCUGUUGAUCAUGAAGCAUUCCCAACAGAUUGAUGGGCUUGUUGACAUUAAAAGCAAUCUGGAAUCUUCUUUUGAAUGGCAGAGACUUAUAAAGUACCACCACAGUGUCACUGUUCAUGACUGGAGCAAUGUUGGUCAGGAUACCCCAUGCUACAAUGAAGACUCUAUUUAUGUUGAUGUCUUUGGGACACAGCUAGCUUAUGGUAAUGAGUAUAUAGGGCCCGAAAACUGGAUGAUGGUGAACACCACUUCAACAGAACGGGCACAUUUGGGCAUUCUUCUUGCCCUUACUAGUUACAAAUGUGCCUUCAUUAGUGGACCGCAUAUGUCUGGGAAACAAAGGACUGCACUUCAGUUGGGAUGGGCAUUAGGACAACAAGUUAUCAUGAGGAGGUGUUGUUCAAAUACAAGUUUUCCGGUUGUUUGUCAAAUGCUGCUUGGUGCUCUUCAAAGUGGUGCAUGGCUAGUGCUUAGUUCUGUAGAUUCUUUGGAACAAGGGAUUUUAUCCAUGCUUGGGCAGUGUUUGACAGACAUACAUCAAUGUCUGUCAAUAAUUUUGGAAAAUGGACAACAAAAUGAGCUUCAAGGUCAUAAUGAUAAGAUUGGACCAAAUAGCAUUGUAAGGAAUUUUGUCCAAACGCACAGCAAAAUGAUGAUCGAAUGCCAGGUUCUAUCUGGAGAGAAAAAAAUUUUGGCUAAGCCAAGCUAUGGCUGCAUCAUAAUUUCAUCGAAUGGAUACUCAGCUGAAAUACCAGAAAAUCUGCGCAUUACUACAAGACCUGUUUCACUGGUGCAACCAGACUGUAGCAUUAUUGCAGAGGUUUUGCUGAUUUCUUUGGGAUUUUCUGAAGCAACUGAUAUUAGCCGACGUCUAAUUUCUCUCCUUGGCCUUGGUAAGGAUUUAUUUUGCCUUCCAGAAUAUGUUUGUAGAGACCAGUGUUCCUGGCUGGUACUUCUCAGAAAAGUCAUAGAUGCUUCUGGAAUAUAUCUGUCUGAAUCUCAUGAGGAUAGAACAACCGAUGUAAGCUUCAAAGCAUCUGAAAAUAUAUUACAGGACUAUCAUUUACCCUCUUAUAAGCUUACCAGUAAAUCUUCCAUGUCAAAUGCUGUAAGAGAAGAGCAAGCAUUAAUCAAAGGAAUAAUGUCUGUGUUAUUAUCUGCCAUCUCUGAACAUAAUAGAGCCUUUCAGUUCUGCACAAUUUUUGAAGAAAUGUUCCCAGCAGCAAAAUACUGUCCAGAUUUUCAAUACAUUAUUGAAGAGAGUGAAAGAAAUGCCCUUAGAAAUGCCGUCACAGACCAAUUGCAACAGACAGCAUUUUGUGCUGACUCAGAAAUACUUAAGAAUGCUUUGACACUGCAUCAAACACUCAAGUUUUCUAAGACAGUUGUGAUUUUGGGGCCAGCAGGUAGUGGAAAAACAACUUUAUAUAGAACUCUUGCAGGAGCACUUCGGCGACUUUCAGAAGCAUCUGUGGAGGAGAAUGUUGCAGAUACCAACCUUUUAUCACAUUCAUGUUGGUGCUCAGUUGACACAAUGACCUUAUUUCCUAAUGCUUUGUCACAUGAGGAGCUUUUUGGUGCAUGCUGUGAACAAACGGGUUCCUGGAGGGAUGGUGCCUUCACUAAAGUGUUACGAGACACAGAACGGUAUGAGUUUUCUGUUCAGUCUUUAACCCAAAUUAAGCAAAAACUUGGCGUGCAAAAAGUUAAAUGGCUAGUAUUGGAUGGCGAACCCUUGACUUGCCCAAAGUGGUUUGACACUUUGAGUACCCUUGGCAACCCUGAAAAUCCUUGUCUUUGCCUUUCAUCAGGCAUGACAAUUCAUCUAUCACAAGUGGGACUUAAAAUUCUGGUUGAAGCCACAAGCCUUGGGGAAGCCACUCCAUCUGCAUUGGCACGGUGCAGCCUGGUAUGCAUUUCUGGAAUCAAUGUGUGGAAAAAUGUGUGGAAGACUGAAAUAGAUAUGCUCUACAGAGAGCAUGUUUUGAACCAGAACACUCUGAAAAUGUGGAAGUGUCUGGCUGAAGAUCUUUUUUCUAGCACUAUAAUUUUCCUCAGGCAUAAAGGUUUAAACUCUGUAAUGACCAGUGAAGGACCUGAAGCCAGUAAAUCAAGUCCUGAAAUCAUUAAUGGUUUGCAAGAAGUAACAUCAUUCAUUAAAAUACUCCAUGCUCUUCUGGGGGAUUCUGGAAAGUGUAAUGGCUUAAAAUCAACAUCUAAACAAAAAAGAGACAAUUCCCUCAAGCUACUGUCCACAGAGCUGCAUGCAAGAAACCUCUUUGUGAUUGCUUAUAUUUGGGGUUUUGGUGGGCAGCUGCAUCCUAGACACUGGCCACAGUUUGAUAUUUUUGCACGGGAAGCCUUGUUUAAAUGCCGCUACAAAAUUGAAGUACCAGUCAAAGGCUCAGUAUUUGAGCAUUUCUUUAACCUCGGUGAUGAAAUGUUGGAAGGUGCUACUUGCAUGAGCAGUUUCACCAAGACCAUGGGCCCACGACAUUCCUGCACAUCUGUGCCCCAGUAUAAAAAGUAUGCAUAUCUCCUGGACUGUCUAUUAAAAGCUCAUUAUCCAGCAUUGCUAGUAGGAGAAGCAGGGUCAGGCAAAACAAUACUGUGCAAGACUUUAUUGCAAGAAAGACCACAUCUGCAUGUACCAGCAAGUCCACGUCUAUGCUCUGCUGAUUUACGCAAUAUACAUGAGAGGAUUAGAGGUCGAAAAACAUCACUAGACUCAACGGAUCCCAUCAUGUGGCAUCAGAGAUCACUUCUGUUUAUUGAUGACUUACAUGAACCAGCUUUUGGUAAACCAUCAGCAACAUUGGAAACCUUGCGGGAGUGCAUAUCAAGAGACAGAGUGCAGACUUCAGAUGGCUAUCACUUUAAGCUGAUUAGCUCAGGAGCAGUUAGUUAUCUGGGCACUUGCAGGACCCAUGGAACACACAAAAGUGGCUUCAGUCAGAUUUCCCCACGGCUAUUUAGACUGUUUGCUAUCUUGGUACUUCCUGAAAUAACUGCAGAUAUUCUUUAUUCUAUCCAUUCAUCACAAUUACAGCAGUGGCUGAGAAAUUUUUCAUCCAUGCCAAGAAUUGAAGAUAUGGCACACUGUAUUGUUGCUGCAACCUUUGAUGUGUAUCUUGCUGUGUGUGAACAUUUAUCCUCUUCUGUGCACUCUCCCCACAUUGUUUUUUCAUUAUAUGACCUUCAAAAAGUAUUUCAAGGAAUGUUCCUAUAUCAUCCUAAGACCACAAGCCAAUACUUUAACCAAAGAAAGCCUAGCUUCAGUGUUAAAAAUCUGUCUUCAUCUUCCAUGCUGGCCUUUGAUCCAGCAAGAAACAUACUCAGUAUUGCCCGUUUGUGGAUGCAUGAGUGUAUGCGCACCUUUGGUGAUCGUCUAUCCUCAAAUGAAGAAAGCCAAGAACUGGUUUCGUUUCUUUCACAAGCAUCUGAAAAGAAUUUUGGUAGUAAGUUGGUACUUGAAUCCCAAAUCUUUGGAGAAAUGCCUGACCUUGGAUGUCAAUUUAAAAGCGUGGCUAUUGCUGAUAUAAACCAGCAUAAAAAUAUGACUAUGCAGCAAGAUAAUGUUGAAUGUAUUGCAUCCAGAAAAGUAUCUGCUACACCUCCCAAGGUUGUACUGACUAAGGAUCAGAUGAAACUGAAACUAAAAAUGACUGAAUCAGAGUGCUCUGAGGAGCUAAGCAGCUCUACUUGUAUAGCAGCAUAUGGAAAAACUCAUACCAUCUCUAUUUGGCUUCAGCAGCUACUGCAUGAAAUUAGUUCUUCUAUCCAUGAUGUGGUUUUCAGCCCAGAAUUUAGCAAAGUCUACGUCUAUAAAGCAAAGAACCAGUUAAACCACAACGUAGUGUACCAGGAGAGAGACCUGAAUGUGUUGAUAAAACAGCUGACUAACAUUGUAAAAAGCAAAGAAGCAACAGAAAAUUACUGCAAAUAUGCUAAAUUUGCUGUGUACCAUAAAAGAGUACAACAGCUUAUUCAUAUCCUGCGUGCCUUGCUUAUACCUAAUGGACAUGGGAUUCUGUUUGGAGCUGCCAAGAAAACAGGGCGAAAGACAACAUUACGCCUAGCAGCUUAUUUGACAGGAUACCAACUAAUUGAAGUCCAUUGUGGAAAUGAGGUCAAACUAAAAGAGCUGUUAAAAGAUGCUCGCUGUCAGAUUGACAUGCAUGGGGAACAUGUCGUUUUUAUGGUUCAUGAAAAUACUAGUCAAGCUACCAGGGAUGAACUACUGUUGAUCAUGGAAACUUGGCAUCAUGUUGAUGAAGAACUGAAGGAAGAGAGACCACACAUCAGUGCUGUGGUCAAGAAUUCAUCAGAUCAAAGGAUUGGCCAGGUCAAUAAAAGGUAUCUCAGGAGUAAACAAAGACAUAUUCAUGUGUUUUUGCUACUGCCUCUCACUCAGCACACUUACGAAACAGAAACUGAACAGUCGUCUGUAAUUGCACGUCAAAUUACUAAGGCUUUAACGCUCUGUUGUUGUGUGGAAGUAUACCAUCCUUGGAGCACUAAGGCUUUAGUUGAAAUUGCCUCUGUUCAUCUAAAGGAUAGUGUAGAUGACAAUAACUUGGUGGCCAGUAUUGCUCAGGCAAUGGCUGCAAUUCACCAGUCUGCUACAAAAUAUGCCUCAACAUUCCUCAAUACAAUGUAUAUCCAGCUAUUCAGCCCACAGACAUAUAUUGAACUGAUAGAAAACUUCCGCCACCUUUGUGACCACCUUAAUGAACAACUUAGAUCACAUGCCAACAAGCUGGCAACAGCUCUGGACCAUUUAAAUGAGCUGACUUUCACAGCCCAGAAUUACAGCCAAGAAGCUUUCAGACUCAAAGUCAAAUUUCAAGAGGCUCAAACGGAGUUAAGCCAGUUGCAGAUGGUCAUGGACACUGAGCGUGCAGUCUGUAAACAGACUCAUCAGCAGUGUUUAUUGGAAGAGAACUGUCUCUCUUAUCUACAAGGACAGUUAGAUAUAGCUGAAAAGCAAAAUCAAAAUGCCCUCAAAGAGGUGACACCACUGUAUCAGGCAGCUCUUAAGGCUCUGCUUUCUUUAAAUCAGUCAGACCUGGAUGAAGUCAGACGCUACAGAAAUCCUCCUGAUGGAGUGGUCAUACUGAUGAAUGCUAUUUGCAGGUUGUUUAAUUACCCAUGCAAUUGGCAAAGUGGCAGGCAACUAUUGGGGCAGCCUAAUUUCUUACAGGAACUGCAAUUUUUUGACCACUCAAAGUUGAGCAAUGAGUUGUUUGAAGAGUUGGGACAAAUUGUACAGGCACCAAACUUCCAGACAGAUUUAGUCUGUGAUGUAAGCCAGGCUUGUGAAUCUUUGUGCAGCUGGGUACGUGCAGUGUACCAGUAUGCCUGUGUUAAGCGCUGUAUGGCUCCACAGGAAGCUCACAAGAAGCAUUUAAAUAAUUGCAUGGCUGAAAUCCGUGCACGGCUGCAGGUGGCACGGCUGCAGGAAGAAGCUGCACAAGAAAGACUAGAGGUUAUUGAGAAGCAACAGCAGUUUGUCAGAAACAAUUUAAAGGCGCUUUCAGCCCAGGUCCAAAAGGUUGAAAUCCAAGAAAAAGAGGCUGCUGUCUCUAUUAAACAAAUAAGCGAUUACAUUGAGAAAUGGAACAUGGCUAAAAAGGAAACUGAAAUGAACAAGCACACCAUUCCAGGAGAUGCAUUGUUACUAGCUGCUGUACUAACCUAUUUGGGUCCAUUUGGUCCUGAAAUUCGACUGGAAUUACUAAAAAAGUGGCACAAAAUGUGUCUUACAGGCAAGAUUACCAUUAGUCCAGAAGAUGUAAGAGCAUCUUUGAUUGAUGAACCACAGUUUCUUUCUCCUGAGAAUGACAACUUUGCAAAUAUUCCUGUGGCUAUGGAGCUUCACAGGGCUCUGUCACAAGCUCUUGGGAGGGAUCAACAUCUCAUUCAAACGGUGUCUCCCAGUCAUGUCUUAAAACUGUUGCUGUGGGGACAUAAACCUCUGUGGGCUCACAAAUGGGGUUUGCUUACAGACACACAGCAACAUAAAGAGCGCAGUUCCCUUACAGGACUGACUGGAUCACAACAAGAUGAAGAGUUUGAGCGCAUAGUCUCUGCAGAUGACCCAGAAUUUAUUCACAAAAUCAGUGAUGGUGCAAAGAAAGGUUUGAAAGUUUUGGUUACUGAAAUUGAGCUUGCUGUGCCAAGGGAAGACUUCCUCAGUAUCUUAGACCGGCCAGGUGGAAAUCACAUAUUUGAUGCAUUCCAUCCAGUCACAGAACUUCACCCGGAAUUUUGUCUGUUCCUUAGCACCUCUCUUCCAGCAAAAGUUCUGUUGGAUGAGAUCCACCCCUUAAUAUUGGCAAAGGUGAAAGUUAUAGACCUAUCUAUAAGCACAUCAGAAGUCCAGCAUAUUAUUUUAAGUGACUUAAUACAUUCUAAGUGUUCAGAACUUUGGUUGAAGCAUUGCCAGUUUCAGCGAGAUAAACAAGUGCUUCAGGAUAAACUUCAUGCAGAAGAGGUGUCUUUGGUAGAUUACAUACUGCAGUCUUCCACCCCACUACUGCAAGAUCCUGAAUUCCUUCCAUAUGUGCAACUGCAUAAGAAAUCCUCACUGAGACUUCAAGCACAGAUUGAAGAGCUGUCCACUGAAAUGGAUGGUUGCAAAGCAGUAAUGAAUGACUUUCACUGCAUAACAGCACUGGCAACAGCUCUUUACAAUGCACUCCAGGAUGUUGGACGCCUAUAUCCCUUUUACUUUUUUCCCCUCUGCAACUUCUUGAUUGCUUUGCGGGAAUCUCUAGCCCCAAAAGGUUGGCUAGAUGUUCCAUGCAGUGCAGAGAUGGGGAAGGGUGUUGUCAUAUCAGACAUUUCACACAGGAUAGUGUCCCACUUAUUUGCUCACUAUGGACCAUAUUUGUUCCAGAACCAUGCAGAAUUACUGAGGUUGUUUUUUUCCGUUGCAUUCUUCAUGCACACAGAGGGCUGCUCUGAGAUUGAAUGUGCCGUCUUUCUCAGAGGAUUCAGUGACAUCGAAUCAGCAGAAUAUUCUACAUCAGCUAAACAUUCUGCUACUUUGCUUCCAAGCUGGAUACCAACCCAUACCAAAGCUGAUUUAGGUCUCCUAGAGAAAAUCUCACCCUUCCAUGGCUUGAUCUCCUCUUUGAAGAAUUCAUCCAGGCAAUGGCAGGAGUAUUUUCAAUUUCCUUCAGCCACCGUGGUUGGACCAGUUCCAUGCCAGUCAUACUCUCAAUUGACAACAUUGCAGCGUGCUAUUCUUUGGAAGACAUUCUGCCCACAAUGGCUUGCAGCAGUGGUGGAUGAUCUCUCUGCAUGUCAGCAAGGACAGAAUAUACAAUCAGCUGUAGCAGGAUGUUCUCCUACCAGUUCUCCAGAGGCACUCUCAAACCUUUUGUCCAGAAACAAAAGUCCUGUAAUUGUAACUAUGUCAAAUCAAUUAGAAAAUGGGCCAGGAAGUAUCCAUCCUCUGCACUGGAUAAAACACUCUGCAGAGAUGAAGAUGGUGAAGGUGGUUGUACUUACAUUUGGGUCUAAAUUCCAAAGAGAUGAUCUUCUUUCAUCACUUAAUACAGCUGUUCAGACUGGCUGUUGGCUGGUUUUGGAUAACUGUCACCUGCUUGAUCAUUGGGACCCCAGAGUCAUUACUCAGCUAAGACAGUUAAUAUCCUGCCCGGGAAAAGGGCACUGGAUGAAUAAGGAGGCAGAUGCAGGGCUUAAUCCAAUUGGAGAAGGUGCAGGAAAUCAAGUACAUCCUCAAUUUCGACUGUGGCUUAUAACGAAAGGCAGUGCUCCACUUUCUAUUCCAGCUUUUAUUAGGAUGUCUGCCAUGCAUUUGGUGUUUGACUCUCAGUGGGACCUGAAGGAUGAGCUGUGCUCCUCAUUUAGACAAGUUACCUCCACAGUUCAUCCUGCUAUGAAUAUGGUGGAUCCUAUUCUUCAAGCUGCUGUCCUUCAUUCUGUUUUAAUGCAAAGACAAAAAGUGAAGCAUCUGGGACAUGGGAGCAUAUAUAAAUGGUCGUAUGAAGACCUUCUUGCUCUGACUGAAGCUCAUGCCCGCCUUGCCAAACUGUGCCAUGACCCCGUUGGAGCACUGGAAUAUGUUGCUGCAUACUUGAUAUAUGGCGGUCACGUGUCAGACUCAGCUGAUUUGGAGGCGGUGAAAUCAGUGUGUAGAGUUUGUCUACAACCCCCACCAUCUACUUUGGGUAGUGGCCCACACAUUCUUUCAGAAAUGAUCAGCAUGAAAGGACAUUUUGAUGAGGACAUUCUGAAAGCUGUACAGCACUGCAUUGAAACCACAGUAAAUACCAAUGAUACCCUGCUUCUAGGAUUCAGUGCAGAGAUGAAAAAUGAUAUAGUGAAAAUAAGAAGUCACACACUCAGAGUCCUACUUCUUCAGUCUGACAGUUUUGCAGCUGCCAGACAUUGUGAUGACAUGCUCAAGCACUUUCCAGAGCUCAAAGACUACCAAAAGGCUCAAGAAAGACUACAGAAAUUACAGACCCAUUUUGAGUGGACAAAGAAGAGCAGAGGUGUUGGUGAGGGAAUAGUUUCGCUGGGCCCCAUGCAUGCUUUCCUCCAGACAGAGUGGGAGAAUCUUACAGAGACUGUCUCAUCACUGUGUCAGGACAUUUCUGCUUCUCCAAAUAUCUCAUCCAUUAUUUCAGUGUUGGAGACUCGAGCAAACUUGCUUGAAAUGUAUCAGAUGGACGAAUGCAGUGGUUCUCCUCCUGUCUACUCUUUAUCUGCCUUUGCUAACCCUCGUGGCAUUCUGGCUGCUUUGAUCAGAGAGACUGUCUACAUCAAACAGUGUGAUAUCAGCCAAGUUACCUUGCAUUUUCAGGUCCUAGGCAAUGUAGCAUCUCCAGCAUUUAAGCUCUCAAAUGGGAUCCGUCUUUCCGGCUUGGUGCUACAUGGAGCAUCAUGGGAUACGCAACCUGGGGCUCUGCAGGACACUUUGUCACCUAAUCCUUGUCCUUUUCCUCUUCUCUGGGUCAGAGCUAAAGUAAGGAAAUCCAACCUCAGCUACUCAUCUCACAGUUCACCUUCUAAUGCCUGCGCAAUGCCUCUCUACAACUGUCCUCUAUAUCUGGACAUGCAGAGUAAAUAUGGAGAAUGGAACCUCUCAGCGGACAACAUUGUCACUUAUGUUCCACUUAUGACAAAAUUAGAUCCAGUACUUUGCAAGAUAAGACGAGUUAAAUUAGUCAGUGCACUCCAAAAAAAUGUAUUUAGGUGAUGAUUAUAAUACUGAGAUACAUUUAAAAGACUCAACAACAACCUUUUUAA